AUCGGCUUGACGUCGUUAGCCAGUCAACAAAAGUAAAAUAUGUAGAAUAACGUGGUCUCCGUGAAUUCACGGUUCUUGUACUCUCCAUUUGCAAGAAGAAGAAAGAGAAAGCGUUGAAUCAAUCUUCGUCUCUUUCAAUUCAUCCUUCAUUCCACUCUUUAAUCUCAAACAUAUCCAUUUUCGUUCAACCAAAUGAUCCGAUUCAUUCUGUUGCAGAACCGCCAGGGUAAAACCCGUUUAGCCAAAUACUAUGUUCCUCUCGAAGAUUCCGAGAAACAUAAGGUCGAAUACGAGGUUCAUCGUCUCGUUGUAAAUAGAGAUCCCAAAUACACUAAUUUCGUUGAGUUUCGUACGCACAAGGUUAUAUACAGGAGAUAUGCUGGAUUGUUUUUCUCACUUUGUGUUGAUAUUACUGAUAAUGAAUUGGCGUAUUUAGAGUGUAUCCAUUUGUUUGUUGAAAUUUUGGAUCACUUCUUCAGCAAUGUCUGUGAACUUGAUUUGGUUUUUAACUUCCACAAGGUAUACCUUAUACUUGAUGAAUUCAUUCUAGCGGGUGAACUGCAAGAAACAAGCAAGAAGGCUAUCAUUGAAAGAAUGGGGGAACUUGAAAAACUAGAGUGAAACAUAGCAGUUCAGCAGAGUCACAAUGUCUUGGAGAUUCUGAUGAUGUACUUGAGCAUUUGGAGUGAUUCUUGUAUUUUAAUUGUGAUAUGUGAUACAAAACUUUGAUAUUUUCCCCCUUGAGCCAUGUAUUAUGUACACUACCAAGGCUUCUUUUGGCUUGUGUUAAUAUAUUGUAGACAUUUAUGAAGUCAGUUUUUAGUAA